GUCAAGUGUCACAGCCGUUGCCUGUCUCCUCAGUAUUGUAACUUAAAUCGGUGAUUUAAUUAGGAAUAACGUAUUUUUUUCUAGAAUUUGUGAAACAUUAAGCAAUAAUGACCGACAAGAAAGCAUACCCGGUGACACCUCAUCCACCAACAGGUUUUGUCCCUGCGCCGGCACAGCCUGCUACUUACGGUAGUACACUUGCAGGUGCCGCACCGUAUGGAGUAUUUCCUAAUCAACCACAACUAUAUGCCGCGCAAGGCCCACCACCGCCAACAUAUGAUCAAACUCUUACCCAUCCAAUGAUGUAUCAGCCAAUGUAUGGUCAAGGAUAUCCAGGAUACUUAGCGGGUUAUCCUGCAUAUGGUCCAUUGCAAUAUUAUCCACCAUUAGCUGCAGCUGCUGCAUAUUAUCCCGCAGCGGCAAUGCAACCUCCAGUUAGGCCUCCUACACUCGUAAUGCCUAAUGGGUUCGAUGCUACUAAUCGAUUCGAUAGUAUUUCACAACCUGUCUUGCCACCACCCCCAACAGUUCCAAAUGCCGCCCAAUUAGCUGCAAUGGCAAGUCAUAGCGUGGCUAUAUCGCAAAAGAAGAACUUUCUAGGAGGAGGAACAGAAGGCGGUUACACCUUUUGGUAAACCAUUAAACCUUUUGUGAAACACUAAGUCUAACAAAGGCAUUGUUGUCGAGAUGAUCCAUGUAGGCAAAUCUGAUUUAUGUUAGAGUUCUACUAUUUUCACAUUGGAAGCAGCUAUUAAAUUAGUAUAUCUUAUGCGCGGAUCGAUUGCAAAAGUAGCACUUAUUGAUUCGCAAAAUUUCAAAAUGCUUAGUAUAUUUUUUGUUAUUUCAUUAGUUUGUCACAAAUUAAAUAUGUGACAUAGUUAUUAGUGCACAAUGCAAUUUUCAGAUAUUAGCAAUCGGUCAACGCAUCGAAUAUAUUAUGAGAUUUAAGAAAAAUAUUAAGAAAGGAAGACUCGUGCGAUGCUUAUAUUAAUUAUAUUCGACUAUAUUCAAUUAAUUCAAAAAAAAAUCAGAAUCACAUUUUGUAAAUUGAUGAAAAUGCGUGACAGUAAAGUUGUAGGUCUUUGAUGAUAUGUCGUUGUUUCAUGAUGGUAACGAUCAAGUGAUAAAUCAAUCUCUUGGCGUAUUUGAAGUAAAAUUUAAGAUAAUUAUUUAAAAAAUAAUACAUUUAAUAUAUAUAAUUUUUCAUAAUCACACAAAUUAAGUUCAAAGUAAUUUCAUAACAUCUCGCAAUAUAUUUGAAUAUUAUGAAUGCUAUACAAUUUUUUUCCAAAAACGAUUAAUUUUGUUUAUACAAUAUAAAAAAAUAUCGACUUUUUCAAGUAUAUAUUUUGAUCGAUUUUUCUGCAAUCAACGACUUUUCAAAACGCACGAGAUAUUCCAUUUUUUUUUUUUUUUUUUUUUUUUUUUUUUUUUUUUUUUUUUUUUUUUUUUUUUUUUAAAUAAAAGGAAUAUUGGACGCGAGCGAGAGUAGGGAACACGGUGUUGUUCUUCUUUUUAGAAUUAACGAGUGAAUACGUGCACCAGUGGAUGCGAGUUGUCUCAUUCGCCUACAGGGAUCGAUAUUCAAAGUGUGUUCUAAGCCUUUUUUAAGCGCGACUUGGUUUUCUGCAAGACAGACCGAAGAACAAAAGGGCUACUCGUAUUAUUUUUGUUACUUUCUACAUGACUAUAUAUUUUUUUCGAUAUUUUUUUCCUUUGGAGUCUUUAAUACUCCAACAUUUAAAAAAUCAUCUUGAGUAGCCCUAACGUUUAGAAAAAGAAAAAGGAAAAAAAAAAUAUGUACGUGAUAGGAGCCCGAGGAAUGCGUGAGAGUCAUUCAUAGUUAUGAGGCUAAUUGUUGCGCUUUGUACUUCGAAUUUAGUAAACAACUAGUAGUAGAAAACUUUUAUUAUUCUUUUUUGAUAAAAAUUUUAGUAAAGGUAGUGAGUUGGUAAAAACCUUGAAAAGGUUUUAACAUCGUUAGAAUCAACAUAAUUUUGACGUGUUUUGCGAUUAAAAGUAUAAGCGAUAAUAUUUGAGGCUCGAGUGCCAAACGACAAAAUUAAAAUUAUAAAAUAUAUCGAAGAUUCUCACGUAUUCAACGACUUCGAAGAUACUUACCUAUUCUAUCUAAAAGUACGCACUCUCUUCUUUAAAAUCAAUAGUCUUUCUUCCUAGUUGUUUGAUGUUUCUUUUUUAAACACAGAUUAGCUAGAUCGGCUAACAAAGUUAUUAUUUAAUUGAAAAAAGGCUUGUCCACGGCGUUCGAAUUUCAAUUUAAGCGGGUUAAACUGUGCUUUAAUUGAAAUAGUUGCCAUAUAGUGAAAUUUAUUAAUAAAUAUCUUUUUCUGUCUCUUAAAUAAAAAUAUCUAUAAUAUUCAAAAUGAUCAGUGUGACAUUUAAAAGAAUACGUGAGUAAGAAUACAUCUCUAAUUACAAUAAUAUUCAAAUUUUGGUUCAAAUUCCAGUAAUUAUGUGGAAACUAGAUUCAAUCAAAGCUCAUGAAGGAAACAAAUAGUUGACUCAAUUUCAAAGUACAAAUUGAAUAUCCAUGUAAGUAGAGGGAAAAUUCGCAACGACGGGGUCAAGCUUUAUGUCAGCCAUAUUAGGCGAGUUGCGAUGAUGAUAACGGUAAGCAACGCAGCGAAUUCGUAAUGCCUAUAAUUAAUAUUCAGUGCAAAAUUAUUAACAACUAUACUUUUCUGAAAACGUAAGAUCUAUUUCAAAAAAUAAAGAGACAUACAAAAAAUUUUGAAGAUCAUAAAAAUUAGUUGCACAGCUACGAAAGCGACUGUUUUGCUCCGCGAUCAUAGGCAUAUAGUACAGUGAACCUGCUGAUAGGAUACUUGGAAUGUUCCGUUCUGCAGGUGCACAAUUAAACACGAUAUUAAUUAAGCAAUGAAGAUCGAAGAAACUAAUUUACAAUCGGUGAUAGCUUAGGAUAGGACCAAGAAUCGCAGUUCUAUUUAGAAAUUUUCGAAUGGGUGUUCCGGCAAACUUGACCAGUACCCUUAUAUGUUUCGCAUUGGGCUUUAUCAAGAUAGAUGUUUAAAAAUAUUCAUAUUGUUAAAAAGUAAUUUUUGCUCCUAAUCAGAAGUUAAAAUUAAUUGACGAUAAAUCAAGUCAUGAUUUCUAUUUUGCUCUUUGAAUUAUUAUUUAUAUAAAUCAAGUUUAUUGCGUGAAAGUUGUAAAUUUUACUUGAAAAUGUUAUCCAAUAUUAAAUUUUGUAGUUAAAACGCAGGAACUUCCUAUAAAAUUACUAUUGUUCUUUGUAUUUUGUGAUAUCUGAUUACCUCAAAAUCUAAAACAGAAUAUGUAGGUAUUUGUCUUGUUUUGUACCAUCCUCGAAUUUAAUUCAGUUUCUACGAAAAAAAAAAAAAAAAAAAAAAGAAGAAAAGAUGAUAAUGCGCGAUAAUUGGAAUUUAAAUUUUUAUAAGGCGAAACGCACUGGCCAAAUUUGUUGCCACAGCGCCAUAACUUACAUUCACCUUGUACCUUCAAUUCUUUUUCUACCAGAUGUACCUACAGUUAUUCACAUGUGACAGCGUUUGAUAAAAAAGCGCGUAAUCUCAAUCUUAUUAAAAGAAAAAAAAAUCUAGUCCGAAGAGUCUGACUGAUUGGGAUACAAAAUGUUACAUAGACUUUUUUUCUCAAUCCGUGCGACGCCAGGUGCAAAAUAAUACCACAGCAUUCACUUAUACCUCAGAAAUAUCUGAGAAAUUGACAUUUUUCCAAAAACUCAUGCCAUUCCAUUUGACGAUAUUGAGUCAUAAUCAACACAUAUAUGAGUCGCAUUUAGGAAUUUGAGACGCGUAUUGAAAAAAAAAGAAAAAAAAAAAAAAGAAANAAAAAAGAAAAAAAGAAAAAAAUAAAACGCGAGAAGUUAUUUCGUCACUUGAAAUGUAAUCACUCUCGUCGAAUUUUUUCGAAUUUGCAUAUCAGCAAAAGGCUGUUCACUGCAAAGGGCACUUCGCUCAUACUUACAUUGCGCAAUAAGUGCACCGAGCCACCUCAAUCUUAUGCAGUUAUGACAAGAAUUGAACGUUACAAUGAUCCUUUCAGAAAGAGAAAACGAAAGAAAAAGAUACUAAGCCUAAUAGGGCUAGUUUUAUAGAAACUUGUAUACGUAAAGAAACAAGUGAAUUAUAUGUUGUGUUAAUAUUUAUAUUUAAAUUAUUAUUAUUUAAACGAUUUAUUCGCAAAUUUCUACAGUUUAGAUCAAAAUUUAUGCAACAUAUUUUGAACGAUUAUUUUGUAUCAAGCGAGAGUGGUGGAAAGGUUUUAUAUCAUGAAAAAGUGUGCAAUAAGCGUAAUGUCUAUUGUAACAAUAAAGAAAUGAUAUUAAUUGCAACA